CCACGUCUAUGACCGCGCGGCGCGGAUCCGCGGCUCCGGCGCGCAGAAGGUAAAAAAUCUUUAUCCUCAUCCCGGCUGGGUUGAACAUGAUCCUGACGUUCUCUGGGUUCAGUUUGUGGCUGUCAUAAAAGAAGCUGUCAAAGCUGCAGGAAUACAGAUGAACGAAAUUGUUGGUCUUGGUAUUUCAACCCAGAGAGGAACUUUUAUAACGUGGAACAAGAAAACGGGAAAUCAUUUCCACAACUUCAUUAGUUGGCAAGACCUGAGAGCUUUGGAACUUGUCAAGUCUUGGAAUAAUUCUUUUCUAAUGAAGGUGGUACACAGCUCCUGCCGCCUGCUGCACUUUUUCACCAGAAGUCGGAGACUGCUGGCAGCCAGUCUGUUCACGUUCACCACUCAGCACACUUCUCUGCGAUUGGCCUGGAUUCUACAGAACUUGGCUGAGGUUCAAAAGGCAGUCGAAGAAGGAAACUGCUGCUUUGGGACUCUGGACACCUGGUUGCUGUAUAAGCUCACGAAAGGUUCUGAAUAUGCCACGGAUUUUUCAAAUGCAAGUACAACUGGACUUUUUGAUCCAUUCAAGAUGUGCUGGAGCGGGGUCAUCACCUCCCUGCUCUCCAUCCCACUGUCUCUCCUGCCCCCCGUGAAAGACACCAGCCACAAUUUCGGAACAGUGGAUGAAGAGAUAUUUGGUGUGCCUAUACCAAUAGUUGCCUUGGUUGCUGACCAGCAGUCGGCCAUGUUUGGAGAAUGCUGCUUCCAGACGGGAGAUGUGAAAUUGACCAUGGGAACGGGGACUUUUUUGAAUAUUAAUACUGGAAAUAACCCACAGCAUACUGCUGGAGGCUUUUAUCCGUUAAUUGGGUGGAAGAUUGGGCAAGAAGUCGUGUGCUUAGCCGAAGGCAACGCUGGAGACACCGGUACUGCCAUAAACUGGGCCCAGCAGCUGGAUCUUUUCACAGAAGCUGCUGAGACGGAGAAGAUGGCUGAGAGUUUAGAAGACUCUGAAGGAGUUUAUUUCGUUCCAUCUUUUAGUGGAUUACAGGCCCCAUUAAACGACCCCUGUGCAUGCGCCUCUUUCAUGGGUUUGAAGCCCUCCACCAGUAAGCACCAUCUCGUGCGAGCAAUAUUGGAAUCGAUAGCCUUCAGAAACAAACAACUAUAUGAGUUGAUGCAGAAAGAAAUCCAUAUUCCAGUAACAAAAAUCCGGGCAGAUGGAGGCGUUUGUAAGAACGGGUUUAUCAUGCAGAUGACUUCGGACUUGAUUAAUGAGGAUAUAGACAGACCUGUCCACGUCGACAUGUCCUGCCUCGGUGCAGCCUCUCUCGCUGGCCUUGCUGUUGGGUUUUGGGCUGACAAGGAGGAGCUGAAGCAAUUGAGGCAAAGUGAAAUAGUUUUCAAGCCACAGAAGAAAUGGCAAGACUAUGAGAUGAGUAUGGAGAACUGGGUGAAAGCAGUGAGGCGCUCCAUGCAUUGGUAUAACAAGAUGUGACACGAGAGGAGACACCGCAGACUGUGGCUGGCGGCUUUCUGACGUGCAGCUGAGACAGACCUCAGGGACGACCACUACGACAGUGACCAAGAGAGGUUUUAAAACGAGCAUCACAACCUGAGAGGAAAGCAUUGCUUUUUUUAAAACAAACAAACAAUAAACUCUUUUUUUUUUCCCCCAGUUGAAAUCUGGGUCAGGUGAUAAGGCAGCAGUACCUCAAAACUUUCUGUUUUCUAGCAAAUUCCAAAGAACAUGAGCCACUCCCAGCCACAUGUGGACGAUUUCAGGCCAUCGUUUUUCUACUGGGCUAACGGCUCCUGUCGUUUCCCAUCCGAGUGCGUAGCUCUGGGUCAAGCAUUAUUCGCUUUUUGUUUCAAAAUCAUGUGAACACUUUUUCCUUAAUUCUUUAAAAUUAAGCGAACUGUUUGAAGUCCUUGAAUAACUGGGAAAAUGUAGACUUGCAACAUCAAUAUUUUAUGUCAAAAGCCAUACUUUUUCUAUGUCACAUCCGAAUAUGAACACAGUAUGUCUUCUCGAGCGAA